GCGUGUUUACCCGCAGUGCAUGGUGGGGCGGUCUCCUUGGGCAACCGAGACCCACCGGCUGCCCAGCGGCGAGGCGGAGAGGGCGGGCGGAGAGGCGGCAACAUGCACCGCGCCCCCGCCUCGUCCGCACCCCUGGCGAGCCCCGACUACUACGAGAGGGUGGGCCACCUCCAGCACGGGCUACGGGACAGUGAAAAGAAGAGGUUGGACCUGGAAAAGAAACUUUGUGAAUAUAAUCAGUCCGAUAUAUGCAGAGUUAAGCUGAAAUAUGUAAAACUGAAAAAAUACCUGAAGGAAAUAUGUGACUCUGAAAAGAAGGCUCGUACUCGAAACCAAGAAUAUUUAAAGCGAUUUGAGCGUGUUCAAGCUCAUGUUGGACACUUUUCCACAAAUACAGAGAAGCUUCAAAAACUGAAGAUUGAAUAUGAGUCUCAAAUUAAGAAGAUGCAGCUACUCUCAAAAGAUAGCCUGGGAAUAAAGGGUGAACUGAAAGAUGAAGACAGAGGAAAGGUUACAGUGCAAGCAGGAAUUAACUUGGGGACAACUAUGUCAAAAGGAUUGUAUCAACCAGCAACAAUGUUCAUGGGCCGCCAAAUGUCAGCCAUCUCAAGCCUUGGAGAUUUCAGUACAGAGCAGAAAUCUCCCCAACCCACAAAGAACUUUUCAAUUCUUGACCCACAUUCACACCAACAGACAGCCCAGAGAAGCAAUGUGACAGACAGCUAUGUAGUACAAACUAAUAGUGACACAGAGUGCUUAAAUAAGUCUGACAAAAUAGAUGGAAAGACAUCUCUUCAGAUUGGUGAGAAAAUGCCAGUCACAGCCAGUGUAUUGUCUGAGGAGGAACAAACUCAUUGCUUGGAGAUAGGAAGCAACAUACAUCACAGCAAGAGUAAUUUAUCUGAAGGCAAAAAGUCUGCUGAACUUCAUUCCUCGUUACAGGAAAGAUUAAGUCCAGAGAACAGAACCACUGAUUUAAAGUGUGACAGUUCCAGCAGAUCAGAAGGAUCAGAGGGAGAAAUACUGACACGAGAACAUAUUGAAGUUGAGGAAGAAAGAGCCAGCCCGCCUGUCUCUGCGAUAUCAGUUUCAGAACACUGUGCAUCUGAAAAUAAGUGGUCUCAAGAGAAGCAUUCUGCUUGGGAAGGUUUCUCAGAUCAUCUUGCCCAUGAAGACCCACAGUUACAAAAAAUGCAGGAAGAACAGGAGGAGGAAAGUUUGUGCAGUAGCAAUGACCUCACAGUCUCUAUAAGUGAAGAUGAUCUGAUUUUAAGGAGUCCAGAACCACAACCAAAUCCAAGUAACAAGAUAGAGGGAAAAAAUGGAACAGAGACCUUAAAAUUAAUCUACUCUGAGCAAAAAAGAGAUGCCCUUUCCACUGAAAAAAAUAAUCAUAUUUUGCAAACCCUAAGCUUUCCUGAUUCAGAAGAGGAGUCCUCUGCUAACUCACCAAGAAAAUCUGAACAAGUCCCAGACUCAGACUUACUGAGGGCGCAUUUGGGUCAGUAUAUUACCACCUUGAAAGAACAUGAUAAUCCUCUGGAAGAAGAGGCAACAGCAUUAUUGAAAAAAGCCCUUACAGAAGAGUGUGGCCAUAGGUCAGCUAUUCAUAGUAAUGAAUCAUCUUGCAGCUUGCCAUGUACUCUGAAUGACAAUAGUGGAAUAAAGGAAGCAAAACCCGUUCUGUGGCUCAACAGUGUUUGUACAAGGAAGCAAGAAGCUUCAAGUGGCAGCAGAGAUGAGAGAAAGGAAGAAAGCCUGACUGCAAAGGUCCCAAUCACAGAAACAAAAGCCUACAAGUUACUGAAGAAGUCUACCCUUCAAGAUAAUACAAAUCAAACUGAAGACAGAUUUCCAAAGGCGCGUGCUUCUACAUCACAAUUUUCAGGUUUGAAUAUUGGCAGCAGUACACUCAAGACAAAGACAACUCACAAAAUCGCUUCACAAGCUAGUUUUUCAUCUAGUGAAGGAAGUCUUUUGUCAAGGCAUGAAAACAAAAAGAAAAUAAUGACCAAUUUAAAGUCAAAUGCCUUCUGGGGAGAGUCUGAUGACAGUAACUCAGAAAUUGAAGCUGCUUUGCGUCCUAAAAACUACAACACAUCCGCUGAUGAUUUUGAUGAUUUUUACGACUAGUAAGCUGUAACA